AUGACGAAGGGUACCUCUAGCUUCGGUAAGCGUCACAACAAGACGCACGGCAUCUGCCGUCGUUGCGGCCGUCGCUCCAUGCACAUCCAGAAGCAUGAGUGCUCCUCCUGCGGCUUCCCCGCCGCCAAGACUCGCAAGUACAACUGGAGCGAGAAGGGCAAGCGGAGAAAGACUACCGGUACGGGCCGCAUGCGCUACCUGAAGGACGUUCCCAGGAGGUUUGCCAACGGCUUCCAGACUGGCGAGCCCAAGAACGCCCGCAACCUGAAGAUCAUUGCCAAGACCUCGUCUGCCUAA